UGGCGACUUCAAGUGACGGGUUGUUUCCAUUGUAAACUAACUAUAUUAUUUUAGAUUUUUAGCUGUAAGAUCUGUGUUUACGUAAACAUGACGGGGAUUUUACCUAGCUACCAACGUUUUGUGAAUGGUGUACCAGUCCCGUCCAUAUCUCGGCGCUCGUUCCGCCUACGAGAAAAAUAUUUGAUUGUUUCUGUACUCCUGACAUUCGGAAUCGUGUGGUUGGGGGCACUAUUCUAUUUACCAGAGUUCAAAAGUUCCUCGAGUGUAAAUGACAGUGUUUACAAAGUGUACAAACAUAUCCAGAAAGCUGGACCUGAACUCCUUAUGCCCCCUCCUCUGGCUCAAAAUGACGUGGGAGAUCCAGGUAUUAUAAGACACGGGGGCGGAGAAGACCCUCACAUUAUUGGGGACAGGAAUAGACUACGAGCUAAAAUUGAAGAAGAUAUGGGUAUGAAGGUAUUGGAGAGACCUCAAUUUGAUGUGGUCCCUUCGGUUUCAUCUUCGAAAGGUCCACAAAAGAACCCAGUGGACGCAAUAGAAGAACCUGAUGCUGCUAACAAUGGUGGUUCUAAAAAUAUUUCACCAUCAGGGCCUAAGGCUGAUGCAUCUGAUAAGUAUGUGGCAGUUGCACUAGGACCCAAUGCGGAUGCUGAUCAGAUAUCUAAGCUGGAAACUAUAAAAGGGAUGAUGCGGCACGCGUGGAACAACUACAAGCUGUAUGCGUGGGGCAAGAACGAGCUGAAGCCCAUCUCCAAGAGACCUCAUCUGUCCAGCAUCUUCGGAGGUGGAGACAUGGGCGCCACUAUAGUGGACGGCCUCGACACGCUGUACAUCAUGGGCCUGAUGGAUGAGUUCCGCGAGGGGCGGGACUGGGUCGCCGAGAACUUGAAUAUCAACGAAAUCGACUCCGAGCUGUCAGUUUUCGAGACGACCAUUCGGUUCGUGGGUGGCCUCCUCUCAUGCUACGCGCUUACCGGAGACUCCGUGUUCAAAACCAAGGCGGCUCACGUAGCGGACGCGCUGCUACCCGCCUUCGAGACCCCCACCGGCCUGCCUUACGCGCUCAUCAACCCUUCCACCAAAGUCAGCAGGCAGUACCACUGGGCGGGGCCCAACAGCAUCCUCUCUGAAGUGGGCACCCUACACUUGGAGUUCACCUAUCUGAGUGACGUCACUGGGAAAGAAGUUUACAGACAGAAGGUGGACCGCAUCCGCGACGUGCUGCACAAGAUCGAGAAGCCCAACGACCUUUAUCCCAACUUCAUCAACCCUCGCACGGGGGCGUGGGGUCAAAAACACAUAUCAUUGGGCGCCCUAGGGGACUCCUUCUACGAGUACCUUCUGAAGGCGUGGUUAUUAUCCGGCAAGCGGGACAAUGAGGCGAGAAUCAUGUUCGACAUCGCCAUGGAGGCUGCCCUGGAUAAGAUGCUGAAGGUAUCUCCAGGGGGGCUAUCGUAUCUGGCCGAGUUGAAGUACGGCCGGGUCUUUGAGGAUAAGAUGGACCACCUUUCGUGCUUUUCAGGCGGCAUGUUCGCGCUGGCGUCCACGACACUGGAAAACACGCAGUCGGAGCGCUACAUGGACGUGGCCAAGAAACUGACGCACACUUGCCACGAAAGUUACGACAGAUCGGAGACCAAGCUAGGUCCUGAGGCCUUCAGAUUUACGGGCGCAGUAGAAGCUCGAGCGCAGAAGAGCAACGAGAAAGUAUACAUUUUGCGACCGGAGACCUUCGAGAGCUACUUCAUCAUGUGGCGACUGACCAAGGACCAGAAGUACCGCGACUGGGGCUGGGAGGCUGUGCAGGCGCUGGAGAAGCACUGCCGCGUGGAGGGCGGGUACUCGGGGCUGGUGAACGUGUACCACCAGCGGCCGCAGGGCGACGACGUGCAGCAGAGCUUCUUCCUCGCGGAGACGCUCAAGUACCUGUACCUGCUGUUCUCUGAGGACGAGCUGCUGCCGCUGGAGCAGUGGGUGUUCAACACGGAAGCGCACCCGCUCCCCAUCAAGAGCCACAACCCUCUCUACCGCCUCCACCAGCCCUCGCCCAUGGACAACCAGGUUUAAACUCAAACCAGACACACAGGGAUGACACGAAUUGCCGCUAGAGGGCGCUGCUGUAGAGUAAGGUACAUGUCUAAAGCGUUUGUGUUAAAUGUCAACCAACCAGGAUUUCGCUUGCCAGUAGCGCCAACUAGUGAGUUAAGGAUAAUUAAUCCUCAUUGAGUGGCAAUUAUUUUUUCAUCAUACGAAAAAAAAACAUUUCGUUUGAUACCGGCUGAUUUAAAAAAAUAUAUAUUGAUAAUUCCGUUUUUCAAAUCAGCUUAAUUAAUUGAUGAGGAUUUUCUAUAAAAUUUAUUGUAAUAUUUUACAGUUUCAACCAUAUAUUUCAAAAAUCACGCAGUUGGAUAUCCUUUAGUUCAUUAAUGAACUAACAGAAUGAGUAAUUUUUAAAGAAAAUAAACAGUUUCUUUUCAUUUCGUGUCCGCGAAUGAUUAAAACUCUAUAGUAAACGUUUUGUAGAAACCGUAACCUGUUCACGGUUCUUUCGAAGUGAUCUUAGUGAUAUUUAUUUAUUAAUUAAAGAUAUGUAGUAGAUUUUUUUACCAUUCAGAAUUCAGAAUAAUCUUCAUUGUGAAGCAAUAAAAUAAAUAUAAUUUUGUCUAUUUUCCAAUACAGCUCAAUCGUAUAUAACUACCAGUUAAUUUUUUUUAUUGGCAUAUUCUUUGCAACGGAGUUCAACUCGUAGCAUGUAAUUAGAUAUUCAGAUUAUAAAAAAAAUAUAUAAUUUUACUGUUCCCCUCUUAUUAAUAAAAAAAUAAUCGAAAUCAAACAUUGAAUAGGAAAUAUUGGAUUUUGUUAAUAAUAAGAGGGACAGACAAAUGAGAUUAGGUAAUUGACAAUUUAUUUAAACAUUUUUAUAAAAGGACUUAUGGAACUUAAUUAUAAUGUUUUGAACUUGGACUGAAUAAUAAAUAUUCACAUACAUGUCGCUAAAUAUUUUAAGACACGUUUUUUUAUAAUUCAGGAUUUUCGUAAUAAUCUCUAAAAAAUCGGCUCAUUGGAAAUUUGUCUCGUUAGUAAAUCUGAAAAAUUAUUUGUAAUACUUUCUCUUGAAAUCCGUAAACUACGAGUAUAUGAAUUUUCAGAAAAAUGGCGAGGAUAUUUUGCGUUUGUGUGAAACUGACCUUUACACCUUGGUGUCAGAGUUUAUAAACCAAAUCUCAAAAAAAAUGUUCACUUUGCGCGAUUUAUUUAUCGAUAGUUAACAGAUUUUUUAUCGCCAAUUUACAAUGAUUGAUCAUAGAUAGAAUACAUAUUAUCAGUUAAAAAUGUUCAAAAAAAUCGACACUAACAACCAAUGCAAUUAUUUCUAAAUAGUAUGAUCAAUAUGGUUUGCUGAUACUGUGGUCCGCAGAGUAUAAAUGUGUAGAUUAAAAGUUUGCUCAAGUCAAUUAAUGAUGAAGCAAUAGAAAACAUUCGCAAUAUUUGCAUUUUGUUAGACUGAAUCCUGUAUUUAUUUGAGUAAUAAUUGCGUCAGAGGCCAGUGAGAAAUUCGAAAUUUGAAAUUUGAAUGUUUAUUUUUUGGAGCGAACCUGCACAUUUUGUUUUAUUAUUUUUAUUAGCGGACAUUUUGGCUCUGUACUUGAAAUUGCUGUUACAAGAAAUAUGAUAAAUAAAUUUGAUAUGAAGCGCCAACAUUUUUUUUUUCACUUUAGAAUUUCCCAUUUGCGCCUGCCGCAGAAACAUGAAUGAAAUAAUUUGAACACGAUUCCGUACCAAUGACCAAUGUAGUUAUAUGGGCAUUAAAUACAUACGUAUGCACAAAAUUUAACUUUUGAACUAGAUAAAUAUUCCAUUCAUAUUUUUUUUUUCACUGUAAAAUAUUUAAAAGAGAUCUAUAGGGAUUUUUUUUUUAUUAUUUGAAUAUUUUAAUUUUUUUGCUCGUCUCUAAUUUGUGUUGUAAUCUAAAGUUAUCAAUAAUCAAAAUCGAAGUUUGACUUAAAUCAAUUUAUAUUGAUUUUGUGAAUCUUGUGAUGUGAUCGUUCAAUAAUUUAUUUUGACUCAUUUUUUAUUUUAAUUUAAUAUUUUUAUUUAUAAUAUAAUGUAUCUAUUGUAAUAUUGUGUAACAGAUCUCGUAACGGCAUGUUCAGUUCAGGCAUCGGACAUGUUUUAAAGUGUAUCAUAAUAAUUUGGAUUAUGUGAGACAUAUCUACGAAUGGAGUAUGUAGGUAGAAUGUGUAAAGUGUAUAGUGUAGUUGAUGUAUAUGAACAGAUAAUGCCGGCCUAUUGCAACAACACUGUGUACUAAUUUGUUGGUGUUCCUUAAUAUAGUUGUUGCAAAUAUAUUAUGAUUUGAAGUCCAAAUAUGGAAUCCGCAAAAAUAAUUCGACCAUUACCUUUUCUUUUUAAUGUAUUUAUUGUAAUUAGAGACAUUUUGUUUAAUUUUGUAAUAUAGACACAAUUUCUAGACAAAUAUUUGGACUGCUUUAUUAUCUGUUAAAUGUUGUUUUACGUUAGCUUUGUGGUAAGUUCAAUGUUGUCUUAUUGUUUGAUAAGAAACAUGUUAUUGAUAUAUGUAGGUUAUAUGAUAAAAUUACGGCUUUUUAAAUUAUUAAUUCAAUAAAAAUGUUAUGGGAACAUUUCGUGUAAGCCUGUAUAGUUGAUGCCAAGUUAUAUUUUCAAUCAUCAAUUUCAUAAUUGUCGUAAGUUUAUUGUCAAACAAUGAGAGAAUCUAUAUAUUUUCGUUUUGGAAAAGUUUUCACUGAAGCGGAGACUAUGGGAAUCGUCGACUGGACUGUAUAUUAUGUCUUACACACCAUCGCCCACAUUCAUAUUUGUUUUAAAUGUAUACAAGCACAUUGCAAAGAAUUACGUAAUUUGUAAUCAUAAAAUAAUAUCAUUCAUCAUUUAAAAAGAUACUGAUUUUAAAUAAAAAAUACUUGCCAGGGCUGUUUAAGUUCGUUUAAGUCCCUAAACAAGCGGGAUACCCAUUUCAAGUUGGUUGGUCAACAACUAAAGAAGAAAAAUACAAAUCGAUAAGUAAUAAACACAUAUUCGGGAUUCAACAUAACUUGAUCAUUCGACGAUUCUCUUAAACUUUGCUAGUGGAAAUUGAGCUUAUAUUUGAAAUUCUGCACCUGUUAAUAAAGCAUUUGAGAUUAAUUUUAUUCUUGGUUUGGUGUUAGCAUUAAUUACCACAAUUUUACGAAAAUCACUAAUCAAUUCGUACUAAAAUGUCCUACGUCGACUAGACGGUAGAAAAACAAUUAAAAAUUAAAUUAUCUGUAAAUUAUGUAUAUAAUAGUCAUAGAGGGUAACCAUAGCUAUAGUUUUUUGUGUAGUAUAGGUUAUAUUGUUAUUUUAACUUAAAAUUGUGUGCGUGCGUCCGUUGAAUGUGUUAUGUUAAUAUUUAUGUACGUAUAUUUUGUCUACAUGCGUUUAGAUACUUUGUGAUUUUCAUAUACAUCUAUACUUAUCUUACCUACGUAUACUCAGACUUUACACUCUUUAGUUCUUACCUACCUCACUUAUCCAAAAUUCUUAUAUCUUAUAUUCUGUAAUUUUUAAUCUAAUGGUAUCAUAAAUUAUUAAAACUAUUAUACUACCUACCAAGUUUUUUGCAUAAUAUUGCUCCUAACAAUUAAAAUAAUAUUUUAUAAUCGACUCACGACAUUACUAUUAUUGUCAUGUACUUACUUCGAUAAAUCAUUGAUAUUAUGCCAAUCUUUUAAUACAAUUAACUAACACAGUAGCCAUAAUUGAUUUUAUUUUUGACGCAUUAAUUAUCAUGCUCUCACUGCCUUUUCAGGAAAAGUGCUGUGAUAGUAACUUUUAAAUAAAUUUGCAAUGCAGCCUAAUAUUUAAAUGAGGGACAGGGUAAAAUUCAAGCAUUUUUAAACAUAGCCCUUAUUGUUUCAAAAAUGCCUUAAUUUUUCCAAGUAGAUAAACUUGUUUUAAUUUUACCCUGUAGGUCAUUAUCUACAUAUGCUGUUAUUACAAUAGAAAGUAAAUGAUUCCACAAUAGGCUCCCGUUUAUACUUACAUAAAUAUAUAAGAUGUAUUCCAUUUUAAAGCAUGCGCAUAUUCAGGGAUGGUCUCGAAAUAGAAUGCGAAAAAAUUUGUAUACAUUUUACACGAUAUUUUAGAUUUUAGUAAUUCGUGUAACUGUAAGGAAUAAUUGGUUAUUCACUAUAAGACAACAAGAUACAGACCACGCGCAUGGUCAAUAGGUUAAAAUAGAAAAAAAAAAAAAUUUUGUCAUUUACCAUGUGACCACUCCGUUGUUUUUUUUUAUAUUAACAUUACUCUUUGUUUUUGAACGUUUAAUAUGUACUAGUUGGCCACUGUACUCAUAAACACUGGUGUGGUCAAAUGGUGAACGGAAAAAAAUCUUUUCGUUAUUAGUUAACCAACAGACCAUACGCGUAGGCACAACCCGUGUAAGCACUUGGUUGCGCAAGCUUUAUUUUAAAAUGUAGAAUGAAGCCUAAAAGAGAAAUAGACGAAUUAUUAUAUACAUUAUAACUAGGAAUGUGUAUCAGAAAGCUCAAUAAAUGGAUUGGCGUUUUUCAUAUAGAAGAUAUUUUUUGUAUAACCCUACUCUGAAUGCGGCAAGAUUGUCUUGUGUAUGAAAAAUGAAGAAUUGUUACUGCCUGUUAUAUUGUGUAAUUUAUGUAUGAAGUUGUAGGAUUUUAAAUAAUGUACAUUUUCAGUUAUUAAUAAAAUGUUUUCAAAGUU